CACUUUGUUACAUUUUUCAAAAUUUAUUAUUUUACGUGGGGUUUAGUUCCACUUCAAAAGUACGCCACUUUUUAUUUACGCCGACAGUCGGCACUCCACUCCCUGCUGAAGCCUAGGACUCCGGGACAACUGAAGAAGAGAUCUGGCUGGUUGUUUAACAGCCAAGAUGGCGGCGACGGUGUUGAGGUCGCUCUCCAGGCUGGGAGGACGUCCUUCAAAUCAUUUAAUACUGAACAAGAGUUUACUGAGUCCUGGCUGUUCGCUGCUGCAGAACAGGCAGAAACAAUGGCAGCCAGAUGUGGAGUGGAUGGAGCAGUUUGCGGGGGCCGUGAUGUAUCCCACUGUCAUCAAUGAGAAAUGGACACCACCCCCAUGGAAUGACAAAGACCCCCCUGCUGAGAAGGAUGUUUCCAACUUGACCAUUAACUUCGGGCCCCAGCAUCCAGCAGCUCAUGGCGUGCUGCGUCUGGUGAUGGAGCUGAGCGGGGAGUCUGUGAAGAAGUGUGACCCGCACAUUGGCCUACUUCAUCGAGGCACUGAAAAGCUCAUAGAGUACAAAACCUAUCUACAGGCUCUGCCCUACUUUGACCGUCUGGAUUAUGUGUCUAUGAUGUGCAACGAGGAGGCCUACUCUCUGGCUGUAGAGAAGUUGCUCAACAUCCAGGCUCCACCUCGGGCUCAGUGGAUCAGAGUUCUGUACGGAGAGAUGACUCGGAUUCUGAACCACAUUAUGGCCGUCACCACACACGCUCUGGACAUUGGCGCCAUGACGCCCUUCUUCUGGUUGUUUGAGGAGAGAGAGAAGAUGUUUGAGUUUUAUGAACGAGUGUCUGGAGCCAGAAUGCACGCAGCGUACGUCAGACCGGGCGGUGUUCAUCAGGAUUUGCCCCUUGGCCUCAUGGACGACAUCUAUCAGUGGUGCAAGAGUUUCUCUCUGAGAAUUGAUGAAGUCGAAGAGAUGUUGACCAACAAUCGGAUUUGGAAGAACCGUACCGUGGAUAUCGGGAUUGUUAGUGCUGAGGAUGCCCUCAACUACGGCUUCAGUGGAGUGAUGCUGCGUGGAUCAGGAAUAAAGUGGGACCUGAGGAAGUCUCAGCCAUAUGACAAAUAUGAUGAAGUAGAGUUUGACGUUCCUAUUGGAACCAAUGGAGAUUGCUACGACAGGUAUCUGUGCAGGGUGGAGGAGAUGAGACAGUCCCUGAGAAUCAUGCUGCAGGCACUAAACAAGAUGCCAGAAGGGGAGAUAAAGGUGGAUGAUGCCAAAGUGGCUCCACCUAAGAGGUCUGAGAUGAAGACAUCCAUGGAGUCGCUGAUCCAUCAUUUCAAACUUUACACAGAGGGCUACCAGGUGCCCCCAGGGGCCACAUACGCCGCUGUAGAGGCUCCUAAGGGGGAGUUUGGUGUUUAUUUAGUAUCGGACGGCUCCAGCAGACCCUACCGCUGUAAGAUCAAAGCUCCAGGAUUCGCUCAUUUGGCCGGUCUGGAUAAAAUGGCCCAAGGACACAUGUUGGCGGAUGUGGUGGCCAUUAUUGGUACACAGGACAUAGUGUUUGGGGAGGUUGACCGCUAACAUCAUGCUGCUAAUGAAGAUUUUGUUCGAUUGGUUCUCUUACUGCUAUCUGCUCAUUGUGGUCGACCUUUAAUCAUAUGUGUACAAUGCCUCAAAUAAACCUAAUAAAUAUUUUGUCUGAGUUGA